AUGCAACCCAAAGAUUAUAUGAGUAGUUCUCAUGCCAAUUGGGAAAAUAUACAAAUUGAUUCAUUUACAAGUUGGAUUAAUCAACAUUUAUCAGAGAGAGGCCUAUCAGUUAAAGAUUUAUCAGUAGAUUUUCAAGAUGGAGUAUUAUUGUUAAAUUUAUUAGAGAUAUUAUCAGGUAAAAAGAUUGCAAGAUAUGUUAGAUCACCAAAGUUUUUACAACAUAAAAUUGAUAACAUUAUGAUUGCAUUCAAUUUCAUGGAGAAAGCAUUUGACAUCAAAGUUUUUGGUUGUAAUGCAAAAGAUAUAGUAGAUGGUAAUUUAAAACAAACUAUGGGUGUAAUCUUUCUUUUAAUUCAAAAGAUUAAAGUUAAUUUACAUUUAGAUCAUUUACAAGAACAACAAGGUGAAACAACUGGUACAACAACAACAAUAACAUCUACAAAUACUACAACAACACCAACAAAACCAAGAUUCUACAGAGCUAGUAUGCAAGUAAAUGCCGCAAAUAGAUUCUCUCAUAUCUCUCCAAACAAAGAUCAAUCAUCUUCAACAGUAGCAACAACAACAACAACAAGUACUUCUGUAGUACAACCACAACCACAACCAACUACAGCCACCCCAACAACAACAACAGCAACCACUUUAACACCACCAGUUGCAUCUCAACAACCAGUAUCGACAGCGCCAGCCACAGUAACACCAUCAACAGUUAUACCAACAGUUACACCAUUGAAUACCACCACCACCACCACCACCGCUACAUCUACCUCAACUAAUGUACCAACAGCAACAACAAAUGUACCACCAACAGCAACAACAACAACAACAGGAACAAGAAUUUCCCCAACAACAGGUGUAUCAGUUAGUACGAUUAGAAGUAAAUUUUUAUUUGAAGGUGGUACAGGUAAUACAACAGGUGGUAAUGAAAAAUAUAAUACAUACUCACCAGGUAGUGGUAAUACUAGUGGUGUUGUUGGACCAUCAACAUCAUCAUCAUUAAAUAUAUCAUCAGAAAGAGUAUUAAAAAGAACAGAAUCAGGUUAUCUUAUUUCUGGUGGAUUAUCAUUAAGUGGUAGUGGUAGUGGUGGUAUUCAUGAACCAUUACAACGUACAGUUAGUUUAAUUGAAAUUAAAUUAAAUGAUCAUCAAAGUAAAUUCUACGAUUUGAAAAAGAUAAUUUUCAUGCAAUCGGUUAUUCGUGGUUAUUUAGUGAGAUCUAAAUGGAGAAAUGUAUUAGAGAAAUAUAAACAACAUUUAAAUGAAUAUAAAAAACAUUUUAUGAAUAAUAAAAAGGCAUAUCGUGGAUUAAUACGUGUUCAAGCAAUAGUUAAAGGAAAGAUUCAAAGAAAGAAACUCUUUAAAAUGUUCCCACUUUAUCGUAGAAAUGAAAUUGUCAAAGAGAUUCUCUCCACAGAGGACAAGUAUGUAACGUCGUUGGCUAUGGUGACAACCCACUAUUUGAAGCCAAGUGAAGCUUUUCUAUCGACUCAACAAGUUCGUAGUAUUUUCUCACAGAUUGAGAUCAUCCAUCGUUACAAUAGUUUAAUUUUGGAGAAAUUAGUAUCGAGAAAUAAGAUUUGGUAUUCGUCAGGUCAAAAGAUUGGCGAUAUUUUCAUAGAAAUGUCUGCUUUCUUAAAGGUGUACACCAUCUAUGUAAACAAUUACAAUAACUCUAUCCAAACGAUUACCGAGUGUAUGGAGAUACCAAAGUUUGCAUCGCUUUUGGAAAAGAAUCGUAACCAAUUCGGCUUGGAUUUAUCUGCAUUCUUAAUUGCACCAAUUCAACGUAUUCCUCGUUAUAUUCUAUUAUUACAAGAUUUGUUGAAAAAUACUAAAGAGUCACAUCCAGAUCACCAAGAUCUUUCAUUGGCUUUAAAGAAAAUGAAAGAUGUUGCUGAAUAUGUCAAUGAAAAGAAGAGAGAGGCUGAGAAUCUUAAUCAAGUAUUAACCAUUCAAUCUUCAUUAACUGGUAAAUUCAAUAAUUUAGCUGAACCACAUAGAAGAUAUGUUAAAAAGGGUACUUUAAUUUCAAAUGAUAAAAUUCAUCUUUACUUUUUAUUCAAUGAUUUAUUAGUUAAAACAGAGAAUAAAAUCGUUAGCAAAAUUCGUGACUCUGCUCGUUUAUCAAAUAAUAAUUCAAGUGAUAAAAAUUCAAAAUCAACUUUUCAUUCACCAAAAGAAAUCAUUAAUGAAGGUAAAUCAAAAUAUUUAAAUUCUUACUUUUUAGCUGGUUCUUCAUUAGUUGAUUCAAAUCCUGAUGGUUUCACUUUUCAAAUUAUUGGUGUUGGUGAUGCAAAUGAAUUAAAUAGUCAAAUCAAUAAUCAAAUCAAUAAUCAAAAUAAUAAUCAAAAUAAUAACCAAAAUAAUAAUCUAAAUAAUAAUAAUGAUGAUUCACCAAUUUUAUCAUUUUCACCAUUUUCUUCAUCAUUCGCUUCAACAAUUACAAAUAGUUUAAGUUCUAUUGGUAAUAGUAAUAAUGUAAAUAAUAAUAAUAAUACCUCUUCAAAUAGUGGUUUUGUAAAUAGUAGUAAUAAUAAUAUAAAUAUUGUAAAUAGUAAUGGAUCAUCACCAUUAACAAAUAGUGGUCAUGGUUUAAAUAGUUCAUUUGGUAUUAGUAGUAAUAAUAAUAAUAAUUUAACAAUGCCAACUACAUCAAUUCAAUUAGAAGCAUUAUCAUUAAAUGAGAAAAUGACAUGGAUGGGUGAAUUGGAUGAAUGUAUUUUUCAACUUUUAGAGAAAUCAAAAAGUAAAAAGAGAUCAUUGAUAACUGAUGCUGAUGAGUUAACAACAGUACCAUUUGAUAUAUCAGUUGUAAAAGAUUCAGAAUUUUCAAAUGUUUUAGAAAAGAAACAUAGUGAAAUCUCUUGGAGAUCAAAGAAAUUCUAUUUAAAGAAUACUCAUCUCUAUUAUCAUCGUUAUUCGUCAACUGAAUCUCCAAAAGAACCAACUAAAAUCAAAUGUAUCAAUUUAAUACUUUGUUCAGUUAAAUUGGCUCAAGUAGUUGAUCAUCCACAUUGUUUCCAAUUGAUUACUCCAUCAAGAAUUUACUUUUUCAGUUGUGAAGAUUCAACUGUACUAUUCCAAUGGAUCUCUUUAAUUAGAUUAUCAAUUAAAAAGAAAUUGGAAUCUUUGAAAGAUGAAAAUAAUAAUAUUAAUAAUUUCACAAGUAUCGCUAGUGCUACCUCUCCAACUUCUUCAAGUAGCAAUACUACUCCAAUAGUUGUACCAAUAGCUUCUCAUUCAAAUGCUACAGGUUCUUUAUCUGCUUCAUUGGGUAGUUCUUUCUUAAAUCAACAACAAAGAUCUUUAGAACAACAACAACAUUUAAAUACUUCAAAUUCAAAUUUAACUCCAUUAGCUUUAUCUUCACAGGUAUUAUAUCAUAUUAAUAAUUUUAUAUCUACAUCUACAUCUACAUCUGCAUCACAAUCACAAUCACAAUCACCAUCACCUUCACCUUCACACUCUAUCAAUCAAAAACAAAAAAUUCGAAAACUAUCAUUUUAUCAAAAUAGACUGAAUUCUUUUCCAACUUCUACUCUAUCUGUUUCUUGUCUUUUAAAUAAUGAUAACCAUGGUAAUAAUGAUUUUGAUGGUAAAUCCUUCACCAAUAAUAUUGAUAUUACCACCACCACAACUACAAAUGAUGAUAAUAAUAAUAAUACUACUACUACACAAGUCAAAAAGGGGAAGGAUUUAUCUUGUUCAAAAGAAUUAAACUGUUCUAUUAGUCAUGAUGACAAUAGCAAAGGUAGUAGUGGUUACGGUAAUAAUAGUUGUGGUGAUAAUAUUAAUAAUGAUGAAAGUAAUAAUAAUUGUGCAGAAUGUGGAGCAUCAGAUCCAUCAUGGGUUUCAAUUAAUUAUGGUGUUGUAGUUUGCUUAGAUUGUUCAUCAAUUCAUAAGAAUUUACCAGAAGGUAAUGUAAAAUCAGUUAGAUCGUUAUCAGUUGCAUUCUCUGAUAUCGUUAAAAAACAAGAAGGUAAUAUCAAAGCAAAUAAUAAAUAUGAAAAGAAUAUUCCAUCAGGUUUAACAAAACCAAAUCCAAAAGAUUCUUAUGAAAUUAAAUUAUCUUGGAUAAAAGCAAAAUAUAUUAAUAAUAAUAAUAAUAAUAAUAACUCUCAAAAUGGAGAUUCAACAACACCAACACCAACACCAACUUCAACUACAAUUCAUGUAAAUAAUGAUUCUACACCUACUUCACCAAAUUUAAAUUCACAAUCAUCACCACCACCAACAGCAACAACAACACAAACUGAAAAUGUAAAAUUAGAUAAUGGUAGAUCAUCACCAACACCAACACCAACACAAACUGAAAAUAAUAAUAAUAAUGUAUUAACACCAACAACAACAACAACAAAUACUACUACUUCAACUACAACUGGUAGUAGACCAACAACACCAACAAUAUUAAAUAAUGAAGAAGAACAUAUUCAAGGAAUAAAUUUAAAGGAUAGUACUGAUACAUCAAAUGGAAAAGGAACAUGGAGUCGUGGUAGUUCACAUGCAAUCACUGAAAGAAAAACAAGUUUCUUGGAUAAACCACGUGUUCCAGUUAAGAAAGAACAUCAAGGUUAUUUAUUUAAAACAAGUUCUCCAACUUCAAAUAAUUCAAGUGAUUGGAAGAAAUAUUUAUUCGUUUACAAGAAUGACGUUUUAACUUAUUAUAAAGUUUCAAAGAAAAAUAAAAGAAAAGAAAAAGGUAUCAUUGAUUUAUUCCAUUCAGUUAAACAAGAAAGUAGACCAAAACAAAAAUAUUCCUUUACUCUUGUAACCUCUCAAAGAUUAUAUUUCUUGGCUUCUGAAACUGAAGAAGAAAUGAAAAUUUGGUUAGAUGUUUUAUCUUCUCAUACAACUCAUUAA